ACAUAAAGCCCAACGACUUUCAGAGUUCUAAAUUUCUUUGUGCUUGGGCAGCCACAGUCGUGUUCUUCAGCCAAAAUUUCUUCUUUGGUUCAAGUGCCUUCUCUCAGUCUCGAUUUCUCAUAAGAAAAAGAUUGUGUGUGUUAACACAUCACCAACAAAACAAUAAAAAAUGAGCGGCGAAAUCACCCACGAGACCAUCAAAGAUGGAUGGUUCCGCGAGAUCUCGGACAUGUGGCCAGGCCAGGCCAUGACCCUCAAGGUCGAGAAGGUCCUGCACCACGAGAGGAGCAAGUACCAGGAUGUGCUCAUCUUCCAGUCGACUGACUACGGCAAGGUCUUGGUCCUGGACAACGUGAUCCAGUGCACGGAGCGCGAUGAGUUCUCGUACCAGGAGAUGAUCACCCACCUCGCCAUGAACUCGCACCCCAACCCCAAGAAGGUGCUCGUCAUCGGUGGUGGUGACGGUGGUGUUCUCCGCGAGGUCGUCAAGCACGACUGCGUCGAGGAGGCCAUCCUCUGCGACAUUGACGAGGCUGUCAUCCGCCUGUCCAAGGAGUACCUCCCCAACAUGUCGGCUGGCUUUAACCACCCCAAGGUCAAGGUCCACGUUGGCGACGGCUUCAAGUUCCUUGCCGACUACCAAAACACCUUUGACGUCAUCAUCACCGACUCGUCCGACCCCGAGGGCCCCGCCGAGAGCCUGUUCCAGAAGCCCUACUUCCAGCUUCUCUUCAAUGCCCUCACCGAGGGCGGUGUUAUCACCACACAAGCCGAGAACCAAUGGCUCCACCUGCCCCUGAUCACCAAGCUCCGCAAGGACUGCAAGGAGAUCUUCCCCGUGGCCGAGUACGCCUACACGACCAUCCCGACCUACCCCUCGGGACAGAUUGGCUUCAUGGUCUGCAGCAAGGACCCCAAGGCCAACCUCAAGGAGCCGCUGAGGUCGUGGACCCAGGAGGAGGAGCUCGAGAAGUGCCGCUACUACAGCUCAGACAUCCACAAGGCCAGCUUCGUGCUGCCCAACUUUGCCCGCAAGGCUCUCCAGGACUAAGCGGAUAGGGGAACUGUGGGUUGAGAGCUGAGUUGGAUGCGUUGGGGGUCGGGAGAGAAAAGUUCUGAUAAUCAUUGUCUGAGAUUGAAAGUCGAUGAUAUGAGACAUCUCGCCAUUUGCACAUAAAUUAUAGCUGCACAUAUCCCAGUAAAUACAGUCGUCACACUUGGGUGCCCUCGCCUUCAGAGCCACAGAUACCUUCAGCUCGAAAACAUCAGUGGUAAUCAACAGCUUGAAGUAUGAUCAAUACUUAAGAUUCUGGUAACAGAAAACGCUGGGUGAAUUUGCCACUCGCCAUGAUUUCAUUCUCUAUAAGUUUUGGGCGUAAUUGUUUCUUAUCUUUGAUUAUUAUUGAGCAUACGUGCCAAUAUCCACUGGAUAACCCACUUCAUAACCCCACGCUUCAUCUUCAGGCGCCCGGCUGGCUGAUGUCCGGGUAGACAUCGAACCUCCUUUGAUCCCUGAGAGGGAUCCUAGUCCGGGGCCCUUCUAUAGCCUCGGGGUCCAGGUCGGCGUAGACAAUUGUCUCGACGUCGUCGGCCUGGCUCAGGACCUCGGCCAUGGGGUCGGCGACAAGGCUGUGGCCCCAGGCGUGAUAGGAGGCCUUCAGGUCCCUGGCCGGACUGCAGAGGGCGACGUAGAGUUGGUUGUCGACGGCCCUGGCACGCGCCAGCAGCUCCCAGUGCAGCGGGCCCGUCGUCAUGUUGAAAGCGCCCGGGUAGAGCAGCGCAAAGGCGCCCUUGCGCGCCGCGAUUGUGGCCAGCUCUGGGAACCGUAUGUCGUAGCAGAUGGCCACGCCGACCUUGCCGUACGGGGGAAGGUCCACGAUGGUCACCUCAUUGCCGGGGGACAGCACGUCCGACUCACGGAAGGUAAUCUUGCCCGGUAUGUCGAUGUCGAAGAGGUGGACCUUACGGUGGGUGGCCAGCAGGUCGCCCGACGGGGAGAAGACGAGCGCCGUGUUGUAGUACUUCUUGUCCUUGUCGUCCCCGCUGGCACCGUCGACCAGCUCCGGGAUGGAGCCAGCGAUGAGGUAGGCGCCCGUCUCCUUGGCCAUGGCGGACAGGGCGUGGUAGCUCGGGCUCUGCCCCCGGGUCGGCGGGGAGGGCAGCAGGGCCUCAGCGUACGAGGGGAAAUAGUCGCAGCCGUAGGGGGAGUUGAAGCACUCGGGCAGCAGGAUGAUCUUUGCUCCUGCGCGCGAGGCCUCGAUCACCUUGUCGCGGGCGUGGGACAGGUUCGCCGCCUUAUCGGCGCCGCUGGCCAGUUGGAUGCAGGCGAGCUUGACAGGCUGCUUGAGCACCGGUUCGUGCGUCUUCUCCGCGCUGCUUGCCAUUGUUCUGAUGCCCAACAGAAUGGACCUGCCUUUUACCGGUUGUUUGUACCUAACAGCGGAAACGAUGGAUGUUGAUGCAAGCCUUGUGGUCUGCAAUGCUCUUCGCAUCGUCUUUUAUUUCAAUAUUAUGUAUGGCGCGGAAAGCAGCCGAGA